AAAAAUGAAGUCGAUAAAAUUAUCACGUAAAACAUUAUCAUUUAUAUCAGCAUUGCUAAUAUCAUCAUUAUGCGGUACACAAUAUGCAUUUUCAGUUUACAGUACGUCAGUUGCUGAAAGAUUAGGAUUUAGUUCAGUACAAAUUAAUACAAUUGGGAGUUCGGCGAAUUAUGGAUUAUUUUUCUUUGGUCCAUUUUUUGGUUAUAUUGUUGAUACUUAUCCAUCGAGGAUAAUUCCUAUGUUGGCGUCUAUUACUAUAUUUACUGGAUAUUUUUGUCUUGCAAUGACUUAUCAGGGAUAUUUUCCGAAUUCAUUUUUAUUAUGUGUGUUUUAUCUUUUGCUCACUGGAAUUGCUUCUUGUGCAGCACACCUUUCGAGUAUGGGUACUAUUUCUGCGAAUAUAAAAUCGUAUCGUGGAAUAGCAUUUGGUGCAUCAAUGGCUUUAUUCGGUUUAACAGCAUUUAUAUUUUCUCAAAUUAAUUCAUUAUUUUUCAGGGGAGAUACAUAUCAUUUCUUAUUAUUUACAGCAAUCACGACGGGAGUAUUUAUUUUUAUUGGAAGUAUAUUUUUAGUUAGAGUGCCACAAGAAGAAAGUCAUGAAGAAAUAAUAUCACCAAGUGAAGAAAACUCAUCAACAUCAUCAGCCUCUCUUAAUAAUGAAGAACGAACUCCUUUAUUAUCUAGGCAUGAGGAAUCUGAUGUUAGAGGACGGGAAUUAUUUCAAAAUAUUGACGCAAUGAUACUUGGUUUAACAUUGUUAUUGAUCGGGGGUGUAGGAUUAAUGUAUAUGAAUAAUGUUGGUGCAAUAGUUAAAUCGCUUUAUCUAUCUACUUCAACACAUCCAUUAUUAAUUGAUGAAGAGUAUUUCUCAUCAUCACUUCCUUCUGAUCAUGAUUUAAAUAAAAUUCAGGAGUAUCAAAAUUUUCACGUUACGUUAUUAUCACUAUUUUCAUGUUCUGGCCGAAUUAGUGUAGGAUUAAUGUCAGAUUUAUCCAAAAAUAUGUAUAAUGUAAGAAGAUUAUGGUUUUUAUUAGCCGCUAGUUUAUACAUUUUAAUUGGACAAAUUUUGGCGGGGUUUAUGAUUAAAGACUUGAAUCAUUUGUGGAUUAGCAGUACUUUUAUUGGUUUUGGAUACGGUCAUUUAUUCGGCAUUUCUCCCACCAUCACUAAUGAAUGGUUUGGUAAAAUACAAUUUGUUUUAAAUUGGGGCAUCAUGGCUUGUUUUAUAUCGUUCGGAGGACAGCUAUUUAAUUUAUUUUUCGGAUAUAAUUUUGAUAAGCAUAAAAAUGACUGUUCAGGUUUAAGUUGUUAUAAUACUGCUUUUUAUGUUAGCACAAUCGGUAGUAUGAUUAGUUUAUGCGUCGUUUCUACUUUACUAUUUAAAAGAAGAAAUCAAAUUUAAUUAAGGAGGUGAUAGAUUAUAUUUGAUCUGAUAUUAUUUAGGUUAAGGAACUUUUUGUUUUUUAAUUUAAAUUUUUUUUUAUUUAGUUAGUAUCGUAUAUAUAUACUAUGAUUAUG